CUAAAGAGGUAUUUUGUCAAAUUAAAAGAUUCUGUUCGGUGUCGAAGAUUUUUGCUGCGCAGGCGCACAGGACGGCAGUGCGCGCAAGACUGCCGCGCGCGCACGACGCUUGUUAUAACUUCAACGCAUUUUUAAAAAAGAUCUCGACUAUACGGCCUCUAAAUAUAAAAACUCCUUUCUAAGUAAAGCGAUGCCGAGUUCAAGUUAAACUAAUUUGUAGAGCUUUGUGAUAGUAAAAGUGAUAUUUUUAAUUUAUAUUUACUUAUAGUUAUUUAAUACAGUGAUAUUUUAAAAUGGCGCGGUGUUUAAUUGUAGCUGUUUUAUGUUUAAGCGGUUAUGCGUUAGCGUGGGACCUGUCGGGAGGGAAGACCACGAACUACACGUUUCCGAAGGACUUCCUGUUCGGGGUCUCCACAGCAGCAGGCCAGAUCGAGGGCGCCUGGAACAUCGACGGCAAAUCCGAGAGCAUAUGGGACCACCUGAUCCACACGCACCCUGAGUUUGUUAAAGACCAUACGAAUGCGGACGUGGCGGCCGACUCCUACCGCCUCUAUAAACGAGACGCCGAGAUGGUCAAGGAACUCGGAGUGGACAUCUACCGGUUCUCCAUCGCCUGGCCCAGGGUGCUUCCGAGCGGCUUCGCCAAUGACAUCAACCCUCUCGGCAUCCAAUAUUACAAGAACCUAAUCAACGAGCUGGUUAAACACAACGUCACUCCCAUGGUCACCAUCUACCACUGGGACUUGCCGCAAAAGCUGCAGGACAUCGGAGGGUGGACUAACGUCAACAUGGUGGACUAUUACACGGAUUACGCGAAGGUGCUGUUCGACAACUUUGCUGACCAGGUCAAGUACUGGGUGACGUUCAACGAGCCCAUGCAGACGUGUCUGGAGGGGUAUGGGGGGACGUACCGCGCGCCCGCCCUGAACCGGCACGGCAUCGCCGAGUACCUCUGCACUCACAACCUGCUGAAGGCUCAUGCUAACGCCUAUCAUCUGUAUGACAAGGAGUACCGGCCCAAGUUUGGAGGUAAAAUCGGGAUGUCCCUGGACUCGAACUGGGCGGAACCUAAAACAAACACAACAAGAGACAAGGAUGCCGCCGAAUUGUAUUUACAAACUCAUGUGGGCUGGUACGCGCACCCAGUGUACUCCGCCGAAGGCAACUACCCCCCAGACCUGAUCCGCCUCGUGGACGCCAAGAGCGCCGCCCAGAACUACAGCCGCUCCCGACUGCCCAAGUUCACCCCUGAAGAAGUCACCCACAUCAGGGGAACCGCAGACUUCUUUGGACUCAACCAUUAUACCACGUAUCUGUUGAGCAUGGCUGAUGGGGAGGUCGGGGCGAUACCGUCGCACGAGAAUGAUGUUGGAAUAGUCAGGGUGCAAGAUCCUCAGUGGCCGUCUAAGUCGUCUUCGGCUUGGUUGAAGGUGGUCCCAUUCGGCUUCCGUCGCCUCCUCCACUGGAUCACGAAGACCUACAACGGCGUCCCCAUCAUCGUCACAGAGAACGGCUACGCCGAUUUUGACGGCGUGGAGGAUGCGGCUCGAGUGUCGUACUACAGCCACUAUCUGAAUGCGUUGCUGCACGCGCUGCAUGAGGAUAAGAGCAGUGUUCAUGGGUACUUCGCCUGGAGCCUCAUGGACAACUUCGAGUGGGACGACGGCUACGUGUCCCGCUUCGGUCUGUACCUCGUGGACUUCAAUAGCCCGAACAAGACGCGCACGGCGAAGCAGUCGGCGCGGCUCUACUCCGGCGUGGUCCGGAGCCGCGGCCUGCCCCCGGGGUACGACCCCCAGGACUUCAAGGCCUUCUCCUCCGCCUCCCUCCUCGCCCCCUCCCUGCUGCCGCUCACGGCCGUCAUCAAGCUCCUCAUGUGACCGGAGCAUAAAUACUUCUCUUGUAUAUAAAACUAUACGUAUGUAAAACUAUCCAUUAAAUUAAGUAUCAGUA